AUGGGGAGGGGAAGGGUGCAGCUGAAGCGGAUCGAGAACAAGAUCAACCGGCAGGUGACCUUCUCCAAGCGACGUUCCGGGCUGCUCAAGAAAGCGCACGAGAUCUCCGUCCUCUGCGAUGCUGAGGUCGCUGUCAUCAUCUUCUCCUCCAAAGGCAAGCUCUAUGAGUACUCCACCAACUCCAGUAUGGAAAAGAUUCUUGAACGUUAUGAACAAUAUUGCUAUGCAGAAAAAGCACUUGUAUCAUCUGAACUUGAUUGCCAGGGAAACUGGCAUCAUGAAUAUGGCAAACUUAAGGCCAAGAUGGAGGCUUUAAGUAAAAGUCAAAGGCAUCUAAUGGGAGAACAACUUGAUACCUUGAGCCUUAGAGAACUCCAACAGCUAGAAAAUCAGCUAGACAAUUCUUUGAAGCAUAUCCGGUCAAGAAAGAACCAAGUCUUGCUUGAUUCAAUCUCUGAGCUUCAGAAGAAGGAAAAGGCACUACAAGAGCAAAACAAAAGUUUGGAGAAGCAAAUCCUAGAGAAGCAGAAGGCCAAGGCUCUCACCCAGCAAGCACACUGGGAACAAGCCCAAACAAGUUCCUCCUCUCCGCCCUUCAUAUUGGCUGAUGCUAACCCUACCUUGAAUAUUGGAUGUUACCAAAGAAGGGCAACCAUUGAAGGGGAGGUAGAAGCUGUAGAGGCCCAGGCUCGGAUCAACAACAGUAUGCUUCCUCCAUGGAUGCUCAGCCAUUUUAAUGGCUAGCUCCUCAUCAUCCUGCAAGCUUCAUAACAAUCCUUGAUGAAAUACUACU